CUUGGAUUACUAAAAACCGGUUUUGUUAUGAAUCCAUCAUUCAUCUUAUUCGUUAGGCACUAUAGACAAUAUUACUUUGCUUCAUCUGUCAAAUUCAAAAUUUAAAUGACAUUAGCGAAUCAAAUGUCAGUUUCUUGUAGUGCAGAGGUCGAUGUGUAGUAAUUGUAAAUUGUCGUUUUGUAAAAUUAAAUUCCAGCUAUCAAGUGUAUAAUUAUGCAUAUACAAUGUACCAAUAGGCAAUAUAAAUGUAUAACAUAAACUGCUUCGCAUAAUAAUGAUUCAUUCAGUGAAUAAUAUAUUGAGGUUAUGUCGAAGAUGUAUUUUUUUACAAAACAGAUGUGUAAAUCACACAAGUGCAGCUGAAAGGUUAGAAAGUGAGCGGAAACAAAAUAAAAAUAAACAGUUCGCAUCAUUACUACAAGAAUAUAAAGACAAAAUUACGUUCAAUUCAUACUUGGAACAUGAGAAAUUGGAGCUCGGUUACUUCAAGUAUUACCUAAAAACAUUAAAAAGUGCACAGAGACAACACAUAAAGGAAUUUAGGGAGAAGUCCCUGCAACCAAUACCAGUCUCACUGCAGUAUUAUGUCGACAAAGACAAGUUACUCAGAGAUGAUUUAAUUGAAAAUCAGCCUAAUAGUGAAAAUGUGUUCCAGUUACCUUUUGGAAAACCAACAAAUGUGGGCCUAAGAAAAAAUGAGGAAAAAAGACAAAAAAUAAAUGAAGCUAAUGCAGAAAUAAAUAAGGAAGCAGAAUUUAAUAGAUCUGGUAUUGAAAAAUGGAUGACAAAUUAUGAAUAUUUUGAUGAUACUAAAUAUAAAGAUUUUGAAGACAAUGAUGAAGUGAAUAAUGAAUGGCAUUCCUAUUAUGGUACUCCCGACCCUCUGGCAGCUGUAUCAACAGUACCAUGUGGAGGUUGUGGUGCUCUCUUACACUGUAGUGACCCUGCCAUACCUGGAUACUUGCCAAGUGAGAUUUUCAAAGGUCGUGAUAAUGAUGAACUAAAAACUAUAGAGUGUCAGCGAUGUCAUUUUUUAAAGGAGUACAAUAUUGCAUUGGAUGUCAGUGUCGAUCCUGAAGAGUAUGAGAAACUGCUACAGUCUAUUAAGCAUGUAAAGUCUUUGGUUUUAUUAAUGGUGGACCUACUGGACUUCCCAUGUUCAUUGUGGCCUGGUAUUGUGGACAUCAUAGGUACAAAAAGACCCAUCAUUGUCGUUGGAAACAAGGUGGAUCUCCUCCCAGGCGACAGUGUAGGCUACCUGAAGCGAAUCAGAGAAUCUCUCAUCACAGAGCUGAAGAAAACCAAACUCAGUGAAGCCAAUAUCCAACAUGUGGCACUCAUCUCUGCUAAAACUGGCUAUGGAGUAGAAGAUCUAAUUUCUGCAUUAUUUAAAAACUGGCUUUACAAGGGCGAUGUAUUCUUAGUGGGGACUACCAAUGUAGGGAAAAGUUCACUAUUUAAUGCUCUUCUUCAGUCCGAUUACUGCAAAGUCCAUGCCGUAGAUAUCAUCAAAAGAGCUACUGUGAGUAGAUGGCCUGGAACCACACUCAAUCUCUUGAAAUUUCCCAUCAACAGACCCUCGGGCUGGAAAAUAUAUCAGAGAACAAGAAGGCUUCAAUCUGAGUCAAAAAUUAUGAAAAUCGAAAAGGAUAUACGUAAGGGGCAGUUGCACGGGCAAGUCCCGAGAGAGGCUCCGGCGCUCAUAGGGCACAUCGGUCGUACAUUCUCGGAACUAUACGAAGAUCCGAACGAUACGAUAGCUGAAAAACGGAAUUUGAUGGUGCUGGACGAGAAACACGAACUGUUCGCUCGAAGUCGAUGGUUUUACGAUACACCAGGGGUCAUUCACCCGGAUCAAGUGCUCUCGCUUUUGAGUACCGAGGAACUGCUGCUGACUAUUCCGAAGAGAUUAAUCAGGUCGCAGACUUACUACAUUCAUAAAGGCAAUACGAUUUUUAUAGGAGGUUUGGCGAGGAUCGACCACGUGACCAGCUGCGAGCCGUGUCGGUAUACGAUAUUUUCCUCCGAGACUCUGCCUAUCACCGUGGUUAAUACUGAAUACGCCAAUGAGAUAUACGACAAGUUUUUGGGUACAGAAUUAUUUGCUGUGCCCUCAGGAGGUGAAGAAAGACUGAAUACUUGGCCGGGGCUCACUAAACGGGUCGAACUUUUUGAAUUCACCGGUGAAGGGUUUAGAGUUUGUUGUGGGGACAUAGUGCUGUCUUCGAUAGGGUGGGUGUCUCUCACUGCUCGAAAGGGAGCCAGGUGCAAGGUCAGGGCUUGGACACCCGAAGGUAGAGGCAUACAUAAGAGAUACCCUUCCCUGUUACCAUAUGCUGUAAAUUUAAAAGGAAAGCGAGUCCGAGAUACUCCUGCUUACAUGGUCGGGAAAACGUUUUCUGAAAACAAAUAAACUAAGUAUACAAAUCCGGUUAAUCCUGGUACUUACUGUGCAAGUUUGCAAUUCCAGCCUUUUUUUUUUGUAAAAAAAGUACAUAUGCAAAUUAGUUUUAUUUUUAGUAUUAUAUAUACAAUGUUCGUAAACUGAUUUAGGUUUGAAUCACCAAUGUCAUACCUGUACAUGCAUAUGUAAAGAAAAGACUAAAUAAAUUAGGUUUAUUACA